AUGGCCGAGGACGAAAAGGCCGCCGAGUCCGUCGGCUCGCGCCGCGGCCAGAAAAACCUCCCGCCCCUCCAGACGCAGCUUGACACCGCCCAGGUGCCGCACAGCUCGCGCUGGAGACGAUCUCGCUCCAUUGUGCCACCGCCACCGGAGCACAAGGUCGCACCCCCGCCGGUACCGAAUCCGCAGGCCAAGCUCGAGAACCGGAAGUCGAGCAUGUCCCUGUUCAGCCUCUUCAGCCGCCCCAGAGUCGAGAGAGCACGCGGUCACCACGAGAGCGGUCUGCCCACCAUCCCGGACCUCCCCGAGGCGAAGCCAACCACCGCCCUGAGUCCCGUUACUGCCACCCCGCACAACACACUCGACAAGCCAGCUGACCACCGCGCCAUGACGCCCAAAUCGCGCGGCAGCUCCUUCAACCGGAAGUCAAGAGUAGGGGGUGCAAGCAAUUGGGAGCCGCCGCCGCUAUUCCAAGCCUACCCGCAGGCCCUCAAGCAUGCCAUGCUUCCCGCGACCAAUGCCUCGGCCGAGGCCAUCAUUUCCACCCAAGCACACAAGCGACAAUACAGUAUCCUCAAAGAGAAUCUCCAAAGCAAGCUGGACUUGUCGAAUGGGACCGACGAGGCCGCCGCAGCUGCAGAGAAGCUGCAGAAACAGCAGAAGCGCAUGUCGACAAGCUCAACCUUGGCUGUUCCCGACAUGACACACAAGAUUUACGUCUUGUCCACUUCCGGCUACUUGCUCCAAUACUCCGGUGAGGGCCCGUCCGACAGGAUGCCUGAAAAGAUCUUGCAGCUGGGGAGGGACUCCGCAGCGUUCGCAUGUGACCUGAUCCCCGGCAAGCAUUGGGUCCUGCAGAUCUCGCAGUCCACGACCGACGACGGGACCGUGACCGCCCAACAGCCGAGGUCCCUGCUGUCUCGGUUGCGCAUGCAGGGUGCCGCUGCGAGGAGAACAGCGACGAUCCUGCUCUUGGUCUUUGACACCCCUGAGGAGAUGGGAGAGUGGUUGACAGCGAUUAGGCAAGAAAUCGAUAUCCUUGCAGGCCGCAAGACCCGAGCAGACGUCGACCACGAGAACGGCCGAGACAGUGGGCUUCGCAAAGUUACCAAAAUGCCCAGCCAUCGUUACUACGUCCAAAGGGACCCCAGCCGAUUCGACAGUGAGCGUUCGCCGAUGACUUCGCCUGUUGGCUCGCCGGCCAACACUAUGGAGUGGCCUUCCUCCGCCAUGCGUCGAAAUGUGUCAGACGCAGCCUCCUCUACAUCUAGGUUCACAUUCAAGAGACGACUCGCGGUUAUCUAUGGCUUCCAACAGGACCGCAGGGACUUCUGCAACUUCGACUGGCCCUCCUUCUCCCGUCCGAGACUCUACGCCGCUACCCACAGACGAGGCUCAACGCAGCCCUACGACUCUGAAAUCUUUCUCGAUGAGCCCCAGCACAAAUUCUCGGCGCAGAUCCAUGCCCAUGCAACCGCUCUCCCCAACAAGCGAAGAUCAGUCUCAAGAAUCACAGAGGUAUUCACCGUUUGGGCCCGCUUCGGCAGGCACGAGAGCAUCUCCUGCACCUUCGUCUGA